GAAAAGUCGGUUGGGCAAACAAGUGGGAGUGUGUUAUGGCUUAAAAGUUGUUCUGAUGGAGAAAUAAUGUUUUCCAUUUUAUUUCGAAUUAAAGGCUGUUUAGGGGGUAAACUUUUCGCUGCUGCUGCUGCUGCUGCUGCGGUUGGUGGUGAAGUUGGUGUCUUCCUCGGAUUUUGAAGGAGGACUGAUUGCGACGGAACGUGUUGGGCCAUCGGGCGGAACAUUUCGGUGCCAGCUGCCGUGGGGAUUGCGUCUAGGAAGAUGUGUUAGUUGGUUAAACGAUUCCCAGCUGAACGGGUGCACCACGUGAUUGUGUGCAAUGGACCAAGGUGCGGAGCAGAUUGCAGGUGGAUUGCAGUGAACUGAAGUGGCAAAUUGGAGUGACUUGGGAAGUUUUUGGGAUCGGUGGUGGUCUGGGUUUUCGGUGGGAUUUGUGCAAUUUAGUAUCGAUGAGUUUACAAGUGAAUGAAACUGUGCUGAAAAUGGAACCACACAAGUCGUUCUUCAUAAGGGAUUUAUUAGGUGAUUUGAUCUCCAGCCGACAUACCAGCGAAUCCCAGCAGGGGUCGGAGAGUGACGAGGAGGACAACAGUGACAUCGACAUCGAGGACCGGUCCUCGCCGGAAUCGGCGGUCUACCAUAACCCACACAACCACCAGCAAUUAACGGGCUGUGGUACGUUGGUGAACCACCAGGGGGUGCUUUCCGGUGGACCCGGGUCGGUUGACGCACAGACAGGACUUAUCAUCAAGGCCGGCAGGAAGCCCCGGCGGAGAAGGACCGCGUUCACGCACGCCCAGCUGGCGUACCUGGAGCGGAAGUUCAGAUGCCAAAAGUAUUUGUCAGUGGCAGAUCGAAGUGAUGUGGCCGACGCACUGAAUUUGUCUGAAACACAAGUGAAAACGUGGUACCAGAACAGAAGAACGAAAUGGAAACGCCAGAACCAGCUUCGGCUCGAGCAGCUCCGCCACCAGGCCACCCUGGAGAAGGAACUGAUCAACGGCCACCAGGAACCGUCAUCAGCGGGCGGAGGUCCAAUCCAGUGUUGUCCCACCUCACUCGCGUCCCAGUUCAGCCAAAAUCCGUGCAAUUUUCUCACGUCGGCUGCGGCGGCCGCAAUCUUUCGUAACGUGUCGUACGGAUGUCCGCUCUAGAUUUUCGUCUGAUGAUUUGCGGGAUUGGAUGUGAUGAUGGUAAU